CUCUUGAUCCUUGAUGGUCAUGGUAGCCACGUUACAAAGGCUUUUAUUGAGUACGCUCAUGCCAACAAGAUUCUGGUACUUCUAUUCCCUCCGCAUGCUACUCACGCGCUUCAGCCGCUUGAUGUAGCGUGCUUUAGGUCGUUGGCGCAUCACUACUCUGAAGAGCUCCUUCAUCGCGGCCACACUACUGAGGGGUGGGCGCCUGUAGCUCAGAGCGACUUCUUCCCACUCUUCUGGGCAGCGUGGAAGAAGACCUUCACUAAAGACCUUAUAGAAGAGGCCUUUAGGUGCACUAGGAUCUACCUACUAGAUGCCGACGUUGUCCUUGAGAGUUUUAAAAAUACAACACUAAAGUCGCCUAGCACAACCCUAGAGCUGACUAGGCUUAAGCCUGCACUAGAACUACCUAGUUAG